CGCCAAGCGCGGGGAGCGGCACCGGGAAGGGAGGCUGGGGGGAGAGUGGCCGCGCUCCGGGGCCGCCCGCGCGUCUCUCGGGAGUCCCAGCCACCGCCCCGAAGGGACCCACCGCCGGAGCCAGGGGAGCGGCGGCGGCUCCCCGGCCCGGAUUGCAUCAGCUUCCAGCCGCCCCGGCUCCACCUUUCCCGCCGCCCCUCUCCAGCCCCUCAUCUACCGGCCCGGCCGCCCUCGCCCCCCGGGGGCUUUGCGAACGGGGAGGGGGCUCCCCGACGCGGGGAGAGCCUGCGGCCCGGCCUCCCGGCCCUCUCUCUCCCCUCCCCACCCAGGGACGGGGAGGGACCGGCCACCGGCGAGGGGACAGGGCCAGCGUGAGGCAAGGAUGGCUGCGGAUGGGCUCUCCAGCAAGGCUCUGAAGGUGAAGCGGGAGCUGGGAGAGAACACACCACUGCUGUCAGAUGAAGAGCUGAUGGGGCUGUCAGUGCGGGAGCUCAACCACCACCUGCGAGGCCUCUCCAAGGAGGAGGUGGCGAGGCUGAAGCAGCGCCGGCGAACGCUGAAGAACCGGGGUUACGCCGCCAGUUGCCGGGUGAAGCGUGUCUGCCAGAAGGAAGAGCUACAGAAGCAGAAGAUGGAGCUGGAGUGGGAGGUGGACAAGCUGGCCCGGGAGAAUGCUGCCAUGCGCCUGGAGCUCGACACCCUCCGUGGCAAGUACGAGGCCCUGCAGGGCUUUGCCCGCACCGUGGCCUCCCACGGGCCCUCUGCCAAGGUGGCCACCGCCAGCGUCAUCACCAUCGUCAAGUCCAGUGCCAACCAGGCCGCCUACUCCUAGUGCUGGCCUCUGUCCCCCGGCCGGGCACAGCCUUCCCGGGGUGUCUUCCCCCACAAAUCUCCUCCCAUACCCUCCCUGACCUCCUCUCUACUGGGACCCGUGCCCAGAAUCCUCUUUCUCCCAUCCCUUGACCUCCAGCUUGCCCACGUAGAGAGGGCUGCUGUAGCGUGGGUGCUGGGGCAGAAGACAGGACCUCACUGGUGGCUCCUGAAGCCCUGCAGCCCCUUCCCCUCAUACCCAGCCCUAUACCCUGCUGCAGUCCCCCUGGCUGGGCAGCCCUUGCCCUAGGAGGUGCCAGCAGGAGAGGGUGAGCCCACACAGAUAUCAGUGGGGAAGCAUCCCAUGGCUCCAAGCUGGCAGAAAACACCAGGCGCCUCUCUUUUUGGGGAGGGCGUGGGAGAGCCAAGCACAGGCAAGGCACACCCAGGAGCGUGUGCCAGGGAAGAAAAGGAAGGGAGACAGGUUUUGCAGCGAGGGGUAGAAAGGAGAUGAUGGAGAGAGGUGUCAGCAUUGGCCCUGCAACUUGGUUGGAGCAGGGGAGGUAGCAGCGUGGCUGGAGUCUCUGUGUAUGGAGAUGGUGAGGGAAGGUGGCAGGUCAGAGGGGGAAGAGAAAGUAGCUGAAGGUUGUUGCCUGGUAAAGAUGAGCGGGAUGGGAAUGUGCUGUGGCACUAGGGGAGCCCAGAUGGAGGAAAAGGGUCCCUUGGAGAAGAGGAGGGCUUGGGGGAUGUGAGCUGGUCAGCCCAGGCUGUUGCCUAUGAAGGGGAGAAUCAGUGGUGCUGUUUUAUCUCUCUCCAUCACACGCAUCCUUCACGCCUCUUCCUGCCUACAGGACGCUCAGCCUGGCUGGCCAAGCGUCUCCAAAACAGCAGCACCAGCAGGAAGGAAGCGGAGGCAGCUGGAGCAGAGAUAAACACUGUUUUGCUCAGCACAGGCCAGUUUGUACGGCCCCACCAAGCGCUCCCCAGAGCCCUACCGCCUACAAAGCUCACGGGAAGGUGCUCCUGGCCCCUGAGAAUCUGGAGGCAGAUAGAGGGGUGGAGGUGCAGGAGGUGGGAAGCAGGGGCGGAGAGCAUCCUGGCUUCUGGGACCUGCCUGCCUGGCAGGCAGGUAGGCUCCUCCCUUUGGUUUUCCUCCAGCUUGGACACAGGUGUGGGACAGCCAGCUCUUCCGCAAGGUGAAAGGCCACAGAAGAGCUGCGUUUGCUAAAUACAGGCACCAUGGGGGAGGUAAGAGGAGGCAGACUCUUAUUGGCAUCUGCCGCUGUAGGUGACUUCCCCCAACUCCCGCCCCCUUUCUGCCCUCGCCUGGGUAUUGCCACGCCAGCCACUCUCGGCUGCAGCCCCAUCCCUCCCCGGAGAGGUGCCCGUCGUCGCUCGUGGAGGGGGCACCGUGGUUAGCAUCCCCCCACCCCAGCUCCUCUUGGGUUUUAUUUAUUGCACGAACAUAAGUUAUUUUUCACGUCCUCUUUGCCAUUCCGCCUCUCGGCACAGCCAGGAUGUUGGUACAGAGCCGUACUUUAUAUUUUAUAUAUGCAAAUCACAUUUUAUCUUAUAUAGAGCAAAAAAAAAACUUAUUUAUUUUCUGACUUACGGUAUGUGUCCUACCUGACUCCUCUUGUAUUUUGUAGACUUUACAAAUAAAGCAAGUUCUUUUUUGGUUUGUUUUUUUUUUUCCACA